AACAAACUAUUGGCAUACCGAGUACGUAGUCAUAACAAAUAAACCUUUCAGAAACCUCCAUCACCACUCAGUCUCACCCACAACGCGUUUUCUAUAUCCAUCCCUCUCAUAUGCUUUACUAUUUUUAAAACCACAGCCUUUUCAUUCUUUUCAUUGUCUUUGUUUUGCAAACCUCCCUGGUGAGAAAGCUAGGAAAGUUUUUGUUAGAGAAGCUUCAACCCCUUCAUUCAUCUCUCUCUUCUUCCUCUCUGUGAUUCCCCAAAAACCAACCUAAGAAAAUGUGUCCUAUGAGGUUCAUCUUGGUGUUUUUCUCUGCAAUACUAGCAGGAUAUUUUGCAUGGCGGACGGUUCGUUCUUCGCCAGAGACAGAAAACAUUUUUGAGGACUCUACGGUUGAAAAUAUAUCAAUGAAAGAUAAACAAGAAUUCAAUCUGAGAAAGACAAUUCAUAAUGGGUUCUGGGUAUUCGUUGACAUGGCCAGCGGGAAGUACUUAUGGAGGAAUCUGAGGGACAUGAGGAACAAUGAGAAAGUCAAGAGCUGCUAAUAUUUGAUCAUGGAAGUAAUUACAAGUUCUGUAAUCAAUCUCUUUUUCUUUUCUUUUUUUAUUCUUUUUGAAGGGAUCUGGAUCUAGGUUGGGUUAGAGUGGAUAUAAAAGUGUAGACUUCAUACAAUUCUGCAAAUAGUAGUGUCAAAUUUUAUUUUCAAAUGCA